AUACUUUUCAACAGCCCCGCUUUCAUACAUUCAACUACAUUCAACUACAUUCAACUACAUUCAACCCAUUCUUUCUCUUCCUGCUUCUGAUUCCUUCUUCUCCUCCAUUAACACCCCAUUGACACAUCCCAUUCAUCUCAUUACACAUUCCUUUGAAUCGUUCACUUCUCUCUCUUUUUCUCUUUCUUUCUUUCUCAGUUUUGCACAUAAAGCAUAUACACAUAAUCACACACAUGGCAUCCCUACGAAAAUUGGGUGUGCUUGUUGCCAUUCCGAUUAAAGGCAGGAGGCUACUUAACCGCUCUGGUGGCAAACAGUCACCUUAUGUCCAACUAAAACUCGGUGCAAAUGAAAAGAAACGCACCAAGGCAUCACUCAUUGCCUCGGUGGAACCAGAAUGGGACCAAGAGAUUCGGUUAGAUGUCUUUCAAGGUGUCCUUGACAUACAUGUCUCGGUCUUUGAUGAAGGCAAGAAGCACGAACUCAUCGGCGAGGGCACUUUGUUACUCCACGAGGUUAUCGAUAAAGGAGAGCUUGAUGUGUGGUUUCCGAUCAAAUACAAAAAUGCACCUGCGGGUGAAAUCUAUUUCGAGUUGACCUUCUACGCGUUAGCGCCUCCACCAAAUGUUGGACCAGGCAGAUCACCUGCACCUCAAAUGCAUUUACAGCAUCCGCCUCUGCGGUAUGCACAACCAGGGUAUAUGCCUGCCGGUCGUCCGUUGCCGCAUACCACUAUGGUUGGUCAUCCGGUUGGUCCACCCGCUCCAUUCCCUGGUAAUACCUAUCAGCACCCUACGGGAUACCCAAAUUCUAACAUUCCUAGUCAACCUCGGCCACAGCCUCCACAGCCUCAGCCUCAGCCUCAGCCUCAGCCUCGACCCUACCCAAUACCACAGCAACAUCCUUUUAUUCCAACCCAUUCACCCGCCACGCCCCCAACCCAGCUUGGCAUGAAUUCUACCUUUCGACCCAAAACCCAGUACAAUUCUAGGCCACAGCAAGCGCCUGUGCCUGCUCAAAUUCGUCCUUUUCCUAACAUCCCCAAUGGAAAUGGACCUUACAACAACAUGCCACCAGCUCAGUAUCCGAUAUCGCCUCUUUCACCGCAGCAUCCACCUGGAGGAGUGCAUAUGCCUCUUCCACGCCCCACAGGCCCUACUACACCCGUAAAUAAUAACCAUGGGCGCAGCGCCGGACCAAACCCAGCAUAUGGGCGGAGACCUCCGCCUAUGACUCAAGUCAGUAGUGGCUCUCCAGUCACGCCACUUGUACAAUACAAUUACACCCUGGGUAGCUUUCCUUGAAGAGCUCCAAGUGAAGCUAACCCCUGCAAUAACACUCUCUCUUGUAUAAUAAACAAUAUAGCUAC